AUGGCUGAUGUGAGCUGCUCGGCCGACGAGCUCCUCCCCCUCCUGGGCGGCGCCGCACCCAACGCGACCGCCGCCGCCGCCUUCAUAUGCGGCCGCCUCUCUGCCGCCGCCGGCCAGCUGUCGACGGCUGCUCACGCGGUGGACAGCACGUUCCUCCUCUUCUCGGCCUACCUCGUGUUCGCCAUGCAGCUCGGGUUCGCCAUGCUCUGCGCGGGCUCCGUUCGGGCCAAGAACACCAUGAACAUCAUGCUCACAAACGUACUCGACGCCGCCGCCGGCGGGCUCAGUUACUAUCUGUUUGGGUAUGCGUUCGCCUUCGGCGGGCCCUCCAAUGGGUUCAUCGGCAGGCACUCGUUCGGACUCAAGGGCUUUCCACGGCCCGAUGCGGAUUACAGCUUCUUUCUAUACCAAUGGGCCUUUGCUAUUGCUGCCGCAGGGAUUACAAGUGGGUCCAUCGCGGAAAGGACCCAAUUCGUUGCCUACUUGAUUUACUCCUCCUUCCUAACCGGGUUUGUCUACCCGGUUGUUUCCCAUUGGGUUUGGUCCGGCGAUGGUUGGGCCGGUGCUGCUAGGCCUAACGGGACCGGCCUCCUCUUCGGGUCUGGAGCCAUCGACUUCGCAGGCUCGGGCGUUGUCCACAUGGUUGGUGGCAUUGCGGGCCUAUGGGGAGCCUUCAUAGAAGGCCCUAGGAUCGGCCGGUUUGACCGGUCUGGCCGAUCCGUGGCUCUACGCGGCCAUAGUGCCUCCCUAGUGGUUCUCGGUAGCUUCUUGUUGUGGUUCGGGUGGUACGGGUUUAAUCCCGGCUCCUUCCUGACCAUAAUGAAGUCGUACGAUAAACGUGGGCCCUACUAUGGCCAGUGGAGCGCGGUCGGCCGGACAGCUGUCACGACCACAUUGGCUGGUAGCACGGCCGCGUUAACCACACUGUUUGGGAAGCGAAUUAUGGUCGGGCAUUGGAAUGUGAUCGACGUCUGCAACGGGCUGCUCGGUGGGUUUGCUGCCAUCACCUCUGGAUGCUCGGUGGUCGAGCCGUGGGCCGCCAUCAUAUGCGGGUUCGUGGCCUCGUGGGUCCUAAUGGGCCUCAACAAGCUAGCCGAGAGGGUUGGGUACGACGACCCGCUAGAGGCAGCCCAAUUGCACGGGGGGUGUGGCGCGUGGGGGUUGAUUUUCACGGGUUUGUUUGCCACGAGGGGUUACGUGAAGGAGGUCUAUCCGGACAGGACCGACAUGUUCUACGGAUUGUUCAUGGGAGGUGGGGGGAGACUGUUGGCGGCCCAAAUCGUGCAGAUACUGGUGAUUGUGGGUUGGGUGACAGCUACUAUGGCUCCGCUUUUCGUGAUACUGCACAAGCUAAAGUUGCUUAGGGUUUCGAGCGAGGAUGAAAUGGCGGGCAUGGACAUGACAAGGCAUGGAGGGAUGGCUUAUAUUUACCAUGACGAGGAUGAUGGAUCGAAUCUGCCGCAGUUCAAAAUGAACCAGAUUGAGCCGAGGGAUGCUCACACGCCCGACCAAUCGGGUCAUUAG